CGUAAGUUAAAAAUACAACAAAGAAGUGUUUCAUUGCAAUCAUGUGCAUUAUCCUGGAUAGUGGAGAAACUCUUCGCUGUUUAGCGACACGUGCACAGCGUGAAAUGUUUCUCAUUGAACAAACGCGUCCUGAUGCCAAUUGCAAUGUUUGGUCUUAUAAACUCAUCCGUGGUGCAUUAGAUCUGGAAGUCUUAGCGAAUGCGAUCAAUCAUCUUUCUUCUAAGGUUCCAAUAAUGCAGACACGAUUCAUCUAUUCAGAUGGAAAUCUGUGGCAGAUUCAUGACGAGAGCAUUCAUCACAAUUUAACAACAAUUGAUCUUACUACUCAUUCCACACCACUCAAAGAGGCAUUGAAAAAAAUGAAAAAAGCCGCGCAAAAGUCCUGCCGCAUGACCGACGAUCAACUCUACGAGUUUACGUUCUACGUCGUCGACAGUGACAAAUACAUACUUUAUGCGCGAUUCCAUCACGGCCUCAUCGAUGUUAGGUCUUGGUCAAAGUUCGAAACUAUGCUCGCUGCUACCUACAAUAGUUUAAAGCAAGGUGAAGAAAUCACGGUGCAGCCUAAGUUACAUUUCGAUGCUUUAGCAUGCGCUGACGCCAUGUAUCGAGCAUCCGAUGAGUAUGAAGAAGAUAUGAGAUUCUGGCAGGCUUAUGUUCAGCGAUUGAAGCGCUUUGCUUACACACAACGAAGUAUUAAUUUUCUUGGAAAGAAGACAACCUAUCGUCAAACAAUGACAUUGGGCAUCCGUGAAUGCCAAAAACUGCAACAGGCAGCGAAAACAAUGAAUAUUCCAGAAUCUUUUAUUUAUAUUGGCGUUUCAGCGCUUUUGCUCCGAAGCCUUCUCGGUCGCGAGUACAUGAGUCUCAAUCUGCCAGUGCGUGGUACAUAUUUGAAUAAAGAGCUUGGAAUGACAGCCAACGUUUUACCAUUGCUGUUGCAUAUCCCUGAGCAUGCUACGAUACCCGAGGUCAUAAUUCAAAUUGCCCAAGAAACAAAAUCAAUCCUGAAACAUCAACGUUACCGUAUCGAAGAGAUCCUACAACUCGCUAACUAUAACUUCAAUUGUAGUUUUGGUCCUGUUGUAAAUAUAUUGCGUUAUGAUCAUGGAGAUACGUUUGAGGGAUGUAGUUGUUCAUCACAUUAUGGUGGGAACAUUGAUAUCAAUGACUUGAAUAUAACAUUCUGGACCGAUGAUUCAAACGGCCGACUUGACAUUCUCUUUGAAGAUGUUUAUGGAGGGCAUUCAGAAGAACAACUCGCUGCCUUACAGAACCACUUAUCUUUCAUUUUAGAUCAGAUUGUGUGUGUGCCGAACAGUACAGUUGCCACACUUGACGAACAAUGUCGUGUCGUUACAACUGUUAAGCUACGCGAGAGUUUUUAUGCCAAUCGGCGCAGGCCAAUUACAGCCGGUUUUUUGCAGUGGGCUCGGGAAUGCGAAUUUUUAGUUCGUCUCGUGCAUUCCAACACGUGGGUGGGAAACGGUCCCAGUCCUUUUGCAGCAUCAAAAGUUCUACUAUGCGACCGGGUUGUGAGCAUCAGUAAAUUGGAACACGUAGAUUCUGUAAGCAGAAAUCCUCCAGGCACAGUGUUGGCAAUAGACGAAACUGCUUGGCACGUGGCUGCUGCAGAUGGAGUGGUGAAAAUAAGCAACUUUUUAAAUGAAUUUGGCCAGCCGAUCUCGGUCAAAACUCUCACUGAUCAAUGUCAUAUCACCAAUGGUAGCCAGCUCCCAAUUAUCACACCCGAACAGGCCGUACGAUUUGGUGACGCACACUCAAGGGCCAUGUCAUCAGAACCUUACUGGUCGAAGCGUCUUGCCAAUUUUGAACCGUGUCAACUUUCCUUCGCGAACAACAAUGCCAAUAAAUCACCAGUAUGGGCCGCAACUGCUUACCUAAGCUCAAGAGACUUUAGUACGAUAGAGGUUCUUACUGCAUGGCUUAUUUACAUUGCUCGAGAUACUCAAACGUCACAAAUACAAAUUGGCUGGGGCACAACUGAAUGUUGCCAACAAGACAAGGAGGCAUCAUCAUCACCAUACAUAUUUGCUAAGACAGUUCCAUUUGGGACAACCAUCGACUUGAAUGACAUUUUUUCAAGUGUUAUGGCCACUGUUGAAAAGGAUUACAAUCAAUUGGUCAAUCACUUGCCGUGCUUGUCAGAAACACUCACCCGCGACGCUAAAAAUUUUACGAAUGGUUCGUGGGGCAACCAACCCUGGGCAUUGGCUGCGUCCCUAAUCGAUACACAAAGUGAAUACGAGUAUGCCAUGACUGAUGUCUGCGAAUUCGUUUCCCACGGUAGCUUGAUGACUCUGCUGAUCAACGGACGCAAAGGUGCUUUUCAGUGGAUCUACGACGCAAAUCAAAUAUCGGAACAAGAAAUCAAUUGUAUUUCGUCACGUUUGUUGGUGUUGCUUGCAUCUGCCCAUAGCGAUGAUAAAGUAAAACUACCUGUAGCUAAAUUGGAUUUAUUGCCUAAGGCUGAACGUGAUCUACUACUCUUUACUUGGAACCAGAUAAGCGAAACAUAUCCAUCCACACACUGUAUCCACCAGUUGUUUGAGGCCCAGGUGGAACGAGACGGAGGAGCAGUUGCAGUGGAGUGUAAUGGAGUGAACUUAAGCUAUACAGAACUUAACGAACAAGCCAACCGACUAGCACAAUACCUGUUCUCCAAAGGUGUCAAACCAGAUGCUCUCAUCGCACUUUGCGUUGAGCGCAGUACGACCAUGCUCGUGGCGAUGCUGGGUAUUCUAAAAGCUGGCGGUGCCUAUGUACCAAUCGAUCCCGCCUAUCCGAGUCAAAGGCUAGCCAAUAUUCUACAGGAUGCAAGUCCCUUAUUUCUGCUGACAGAUGCUGCUGGGCGAAAUGCUCUCGGAGACCAUAAAAUUCCAAUGAUUGACUUAGACAAACCACUGUCAACGAAUUUGUCAACCGAUAAUCCUGACGCGACUACGGUUAGACUCAAUUCAAAUAAUUUGGCCUAUGUUAUUUACACCUCUGGAUCAACAGGAACACCGAAAGGUGUAAUGGUUGAACAUAAGCAAGUUGUGCGACUAUUUGAGGUUACACUCGAAAAGUUUGAUUUCAACAAAAAAGACAAGUGGUGUUCGUUCCACUCGUUUUCUUUCGACUUUUCCGUAUGGGAAAUAUGGGGCGCAUUAUUGAAUGGAAGUCAACUGUCGAUUGUACCAUACAAUAUCACUCGUUCUACGGACGAAUUUUAUGAUUGGAUAUGUACCAGCCGUAUAACUGUACUGAAUCAAACCCCAUCGUCAUUAAAAAUGCUUAUGCGGUCAAAAAAUAUGAGUUCACGACCAGACCGUCUGCGAUUUGUAAUUUUUGGUGGCGAAGCGUUAGAUCCAUCGAUUAUGAAGGACUGGUUUGAUAUACCUCUGAACACAAAAAGUCAAACAUUAUUGGUAAAUAUGUAUGGCAUCACGGAAAUAACAGUUCAUGCUACCUACCAACCAUUGAAUGCUAUCGAAGACGUUUACUCAAUUGGAAGACCACUCCCAGAUCUUUGUGCGUAUGUACUGGAUUCAUAUGGUGAACCGGUGCCACUAGGAGCCGAAGGAGAACUGUAUAUUGGUGGUGCUGGCGUGACCCGUGGCUAUCUAAAUCGUCCUGAACUUACCGCAGAACGUUUCCGUACCAACCCAUUCAGUGACAAUCCAGCGGCACGUAUGUACCGUACUGGUGACCGAGCACGAUAUUUGCCUGAUGGCAAUUUGGUCUAUUUGGGGCGCAUCGAUCAGCAAGUGAAAAUCCGUGGUUUCCGGAUUGAGCUAGGCGAAAUUGAGGCUCAUCUAGUCAAAUAUCCUCAGGUGCAAGAAGCGGUCGUACAAUCUUAUGGCAAUGGAUCAGAUGCUCGUCUGGUAGCUUAUAUAGUGACCGAUGUGAAUACAUCAAUAGCACAGGAUCUACGCACACAUUUAUCGGCUUUACUGCCUGAUUAUAUGGUACCAUCGGCGUAUGUGUGUAUACCAUCCUUACCGCUCACACGUAAUGGGAAACUAGAUCGACGAGCACUACCGGCUCCGGAUGAUGGGGCGUUUGCUCGCCAACUAUAUGAUGCUCCACAGGGUGAAAUGGAAGAAAAACUGGCUGAUAUCUGGAGUGCAUUGCUUGGCAUUGAGCGUAUCAGCCGACAUGAUAAUUUCUUUGCAUUGGGAGGCCAUUCUUUGUUGGUCGUACAGUUGUUAGCGCAGUUGAGAAUGGUCGGAUUGCAGACCGCCGUACGUGAGGUUUUUGAUGCUUCAAACUUGGCCACGUUGGCUGCGACUCUCACCCCUUAUCAAUCAGUGAAUAUUCCGCUCAAUCUGAUUACCACAAACAGCACCGAGAUUACUCCAGAAAUGUUGUCACUUAUUAAUCUUACUCAGGCCGAGAUCGAUAUAAUUAUUGCACAAGUACCAGGUGGAGUAGGCAAUAUCCAAGAUAUUUAUGGAUUGGCGCCAUUACAGCACGGUAUGUUAUUCCAUCAUCUGAUGGCCGAAGAGGGUGACCCAUACUUGGUAGUAGGCCGUAUCCAGUUUACCGACCGGGCAGCACUUGAACGUUAUUCGACAGCCUUACAAGAAGUGACUAAGAGACACGAUAUUCUGCGUACUAUUUUUAUUUGGGAAGGUAUCAGAGAGCCGGCACAGAUAGUUUUGCGACAUGUUCCUUCGUUACUCAACGAGAUUACAUUGGAAGGUACCAGUGAAACAGUUCUAAUACAGCUGACUCGCCUCUUUGACCCACGUCAUAAUCGAUUCGAUUUGACACAUGCACCGCUUCUGCGUUUGAUGGCUUCGCCUACAUCAGACGGGAAUUGGAUUGCGUUGCAGUUGAUGCAUCACUUGAUUAUUGACCAUUCAUCGCUUGACAGACUACAGGUAGAAAUUCACGCUAUCAUUGAAGGAAAGAGUGAAGAGUUAACAAUGCCAACCCCAUUCCGUAAUCUUGUAGCUCAGGCUCGAUUGGGAAUUAGUCCAGCCAAGUACACACGUUUCUUUACUGAAAUGCUAGGUAAUAUUGACGAGCCAACCUUGCCAUUUGGUUUGCGCGACGUUGGGAGGAAUGGGACUGAAAUCAACGAGACAAAUCUGACACUGCCAAAAAAACUCAAUGAUCAACUACGGAUGCAUGCACGUCUUUUACGGGUCAGUCUGUCCAGUUUGUGUCAUUUAGCCUGGGCCCAAGUACUUUCUCGAGCUAGUGGACACAAGGCAAUUGUCUUCGGCACCGUUCUAUUUGGCCGUUUACAUGAUGAAGAGACGAAAUACAGUAGCAUGGGACCGAUGAUUAACACACUCCCACUGCGAUUAGAUAUUGAUGAGACGAGCGUUGAGACCGCAGUACGCCACACCCAUACUCGAUUGAGUGCAUUGUUGGAACACGAACACGCACCGCUUGUGUUGGCACAACGUUGCAGUGGGGUUCCAACUGGCCUGCCUCUGUUCAGUGCACUGUUGAACUAUCGUCAUAAUCAGAAGAGAGAGAAGAACGAUACUUUACUUCCUGGAGUCACUGUUAUAGAUGCAGAAGAGCGAACUAAUUACUCUUUGGUCUUGUCGGUUGAAGAUGAUGGUGAUUCGUUGGGACUGACAGCUCAAAUUAUUACACCAAUGUCAGCAGCUCGAAUCGGUGCCUAUAUGCAACAGGCUCUGGAAUCAAUUGUCUGUGCACUUACACAAACGCCUCAUCAACCAGUACGAACACUGAAUGUGAUUCCACCAGAAGAGCGUACGUUGCUGCUACAUAAAUGGAAUCAAGCCAAGGUUACCUAUCCACCUGAUCGCUGUCUUCAUCAAUUAUUCGAGAUGCAAGUGGAACAAAACGCACAGGCUAUUGCAGUGGAAUGUAAAGGGGCCAUCUUUAGCUAUAGAGAACUAAACACCCAGUCCAACCAGCUAGCACACUACUUGAUCACAAGAGGUAUCAAACCAGAUGACCGCAUCGCGCUUUGUGUUGACCGCGGUGCAACAAUGCUUGUAGCCAUACUGGGUAUCUUAAAAGCCGGCGGAGCCUAUGUACCUAUCGAUCCGGCCUAUCCGAGCCAACGUCUGACCAAUAUUUUACAAGAUUCUGAUCCUAAAAUUUUGUUGACGGACGCUAUUGGCCGUAGAGCACUUGGAGACCAUCAAGUACCAGUAGUUGAUUUGGACGAACCAUUACCUGCCAAUCUACCAGUCGAUAACCCAGACAUAACCAAGCUUGGAGUCAGUCCAAGCCAUCUGGCCUAUAUAAUUUACACUUCUGGUUCAACAGGUACACCAAAAGGAGUAAUGAUUGAACAUCAGCAAGUCGUAAGACUCUUUGAGGCUACACGUGAUAAAUUUGAUUUCAACAAAGAGGACAAGUGGUGUUUGUUCCAUUCGAUUUCUUUUGACUUGUCCGUUUGGGAGAUCUGGGGCGCAUUAUUGAAUGGAAGUCAACUGUCGAUUGUACCACAUGAAAUCACACGUUCGACGGAUGAAUUUUAUGAUUGGAUCUGUUCAAGAGGUAUUACUGUACUAAAUCAAACACCAUCGGUGUUUAAAAUGCUCAUGCGAGCAAAAAACAUCAGUUCCAGAUCCAACAGACUGAGAUAUGUAAUCUUUGGUGGUGAAGCGUUAGAUCCAUCGAUUGUAGAGGACUGGAAUGCCAAGUACGACAAAAUUCAAACAUUAUUGGUCAAUAUGUAUGGCAUCACGGAAAUAACAGUUCAUGCUACCUACCAACCAUUGAAUGCUAUCGAAAACGUCUACUCAGUUGGACGAAUGCUUCCACAUCUUUAUGCGUAUUUGCUGGAUUCAUAUGGUGACCCAGUGCCACUAGGAGCCGAGGGAGAAAUUUAUAUUGGUGGUGCUGCCGUAGCUCGUGGCUAUCUAAACCGUCCUGAGCUUACCGAGGAACGAUUUUUGACCGAUCCAUUCAGUGACAAUCCAGCGGCACGCAUGUACCGUUCCGGUGAUCGAGCACGAUAUCUGCCUGAUGGUAAUCUGGUCUAUCUCGGACGCAUGGAUCAACAAGUGAAAAUCCGUGGUUUCCGUAUUGAGCCUGGUGAAAUUGAGGCUCAUCUAGUCAAAUAUCCUCAGGUGCAAGAGGCGGUCGUACAAUCUUACGGCAAUGGAUCAGAUGCUCGUCUGGUAGCUUAUAUAGUGACCGAUGUGAAUACAUCAAUAGCACAGGAUCUACGCACCUAUUUAUCGGCUUUACUGCCUGAUUAUAUGGUACCAUCGGCAUACGUGUGUCUACCGUCUCUACCACUUACACUCAAUGGCAAGCUGGAUCAGCGAGCACUACCGCCUCCGGACUAUGAAGCUUUUGCUCGUCAACAGUAUGAAGCUCCUCAGGGUGAAAUGGAAGAAACACUGGCCGAUAUCUGGCGUGAUCUGCUGGGGAUUGAGCGAAUCAGCCGACAUGACAACUUCUUUGCAUUGGGAGGCCAUUCUCUGUUGAUUGUUCAGCUAUUGGCACGGUUGAGACAAAUCAGAUUGGACACCACUGUACGGGUAGUAUUUGAUGCUUCAAACUUGGCCACGUUAGCUGCGACUCUCACCCCUUACCAAUCAGUGAAUAUUCCGCCCAAUCUGAUUAGCACAGACAGCACUGUUAUUACUCCAGAAAUGCUACCUCUAAUUAGUCUUUCUCAGUCAGAGAUUGAUGCAAUUGUAGCACAGAUACCUGGUGGAGUAACUAAUAUCCAAGAUAUUUAUGGACUGGCGCCACUGCAGCAUGGUGUUUUGUUUCACCAUGUCAUGGCUAAAGAGGGAGACCCAUACUUGACAGUAAUCCGACUUAGUUUUAUUGAUCGGAUGACUCUUAAACGUUACGCAUCUGCCUUGCAACAGGUGAUUGAAAGACAUGAUAUUCUGCGCACUGCCAUUAUCUGGGAAGGUCUGAAUGAGCCGGCACAGGUCGUUUUGCGCCAAGUUCCUUCAUUACUUACUGAGCUUACGUUCAAUGAUACUGUUGAAACUGCACUUGAUAAGUUAAGUCACCAAUUCAAUCCUCGUCACUACCGGUUAGACCUAUCACAGGCACCGCUCUUGCGUUUGAUGGCUGCGCCAACGUCUGAGGGUAGUUGGGUGGCACUGCAACUGAUUCACCACUUAAUUGAUGACCAUACUACACUGAAACAUCUACAAGCAGAAAUCGGUGCAAUUAUUAACCAGCAAAAACUGACAACUCCUACACCCUUCCGUCAAGUGGUAGCGCAGGCUCGCUUUGGAGUUAGUCCAGACCAGCAAACAAGUUUCUUUACUGAAAUGCUAAGUGAUAUUGACGAGCCAACCUUGCCAUUUGGUCUGCGCGACGUUGGAAGGGAUGGUACUGAUAUCAAUGAAGCACAGCUGAUGCUGCCAAAAAAACUCAAUGAUCAGCUACGGUUGUAUGCACGUCAUUUACGCGUCAGUCUGUCCAGUUUGUGUCAUUUAGCCUGGGCACAGGUACUUGCUCGAGCUAGCGGACGUCAGUCGGUAGUCUUUGGCUCCGUGUUACUCGGUCGUUUACAAGCUGGAGAGGGGAACAAUAAUAUCAUGGGGCCGACUAUUAACACGCUCCCAAUACGGAUAGAUAUUGAUGAGAAGAGUGUUGAGAAUGCUAUACAUUAUACCCACGCUCGGUUGAGUGCAUUGUUGGCACAUGAACACGCACCGCUUGUGUUGGCUCAACGCUGCAGUGGGUGUCCAGUAGGUUUGCCAUUAUUCAGCGCAAUGCUAAACUAUCGCCAUAGGCAGAAGACCGGACAUGUUACUGCGUCACUUGCUGGGAUCAGUGUAGUGGAUGUUGAGGAGCGAACUAAUUACCCAAUAAUCUUAUCAGUUGAAGAUGAUGGUGAUUCGCUGGAACUGACGCCUCAAAUAAUUACACCAAUGUCAGCAGAUCGAAUUGGUACCUAUAUGAAACAUGCUCUGGAAUCCAUGGCGGAAGCGUUAAUGCAAACGCCCCAUAAACCAGUACGAAAACUGAAUGUAAUUCCACUGGAAGAACGCACGUUGAUGUUACACACCUGGAAUGAAACCACCGUAUACCAUCCACCUGCUCGCUGUCUUCAUGAAAUAUUUGAGGAGCAAGUGGAGCAACACGGACAGACUAUUGCCGUGGAAUGUAAAAGGGAGAGUCUAAGUUACGCAGAGCUCAACGCCAAGGCUAAUGAACUAGCACAUUAUCUGAUCGCAAGAGGCGUCAAACCAGAUGAUCGCAUCGCACUUUGCGUUGAGCGCAGUACAACAACGGUCGUAGCAAUCCUUGGUAUUCUGAAAGCCGGUGGCGUCUAUGUACCACUGGAUUCAGCUUAUACAAGUCAACGGCUAACAAAUAUUCUACGCGAUGCAAACCCAAUAUGUGUGUUGGCAGACACUACUGGCCGAAUAGCACUCGGAGACCAUCAAGUGCCAAUAGUUGACCUGAACGAAUCAUUCCCUACAGAUUUUCCGAUUGUUAAUCCCGAUGUAACCAAGACUGGAAUCAGUCCAUUCAAUUUGGCUUAUGUAAUUUACACCUCUGGAUCAACAGGAACACCGAAAGGAGUAAUGGUUGAACAUCACGACGCAGCACAUCUGGUCAUGUCUCUACAUAAACAAUUUGAGAUUAAUACCCAGGAUAAAUGGUGUUUGUUCCAUUCGAUUUCGUUCGACGUUUCUGUAUGGGAAAUAUGGGGUGCGUUAUUAAAUGGAUGUCAGCUGUCGAUUCCAUCACACAGCACGAUCCGUUCUGCGGAAGAGUUUUAUGAAUGGAUCUGUGCCAGCGGUAUUACAGUACUUAAUCAAACCCCAUCUUCGUUCAAAAUGUUCAUGCGAACAAAAAACAUCAGUUCGAGGUCUGACAGACUGAGAUAUGUGAUCUUAGCUGGUGAAGCUUUGAAUUCAAUGAUUUUAAGGGAUUGGUAUGAAAAGUACGACAUAGGUCAAACAGUGUUAGCCAAUUUGUAUGGUCCCACAGAAACUGUUGUUUUUGCAACCAGUUGGGUCUGUAAUUUCACAAUUCCUGAAAGCUCGCCAAUACCGAUCGGUCGUCCACUGCCCAAUAAGCGAAUUUAUCUGCUGGAUACCUACGGUGAACCAGUGCCACUAGGAGCCGAAGGAGAAGUAUACAUUGGUGGUGCUGGUGUAGCACGUGGCUACCUAAACCGUCCUGAACUUACCGCUGAAAGUUUUCUACCCGAUCCAUUCAGUGACACUUCAUGGGCACGCAUGUACCGUACUGGUGAUCGAGCACGUUAUCUACCCGAUGGUAGUUUGGUCUAUCUGGGACGCAUCGAUCAGCAAGUGAAAAUUCGUGGUUUCCGUAUUGAGCCUGGUGAAAUCGAAGCUCAUGUAGUCAAACAUCCUAAGGUGCAAGAGGCGGUCGUACAAUCUUAUAACAAUGGAUCAGAUGCUCGUCUCGUAGCUUAUGUGAUGGCCGAUACGGAUACAUUAAUAGCAUAUGAUUUGCGCACUUUCCUAUCGAUUUCACUGCCUGAUUAUAUGGUGCCAGCGGCUUAUGUGUUUCUAGCAUCCUUACCACUCACAUCCAGUGGCAAGCUAGAUCGACGAGCACUACCGCCCCCGGACGAUGAAGCGUUUGCUCGUCAUUUGUAUGAAGCUCCACAGGGUGAAAUGGAAGAAAAACUGGCCGAUAUCUGGCGUGAAGUGCUUUGCAUUGAGAGUAUCAGCCGACAUGACAAUUUCUUUGCACUCGGAGGUCAUUCUCUGUUGGUCGUACGGCUUUUAGCAAAGUUGAGAAAGGUCGGAUUGGACACCACCGCACGGGAAGUGUUUGAUGCUUCCAGUCUGGCUAUGUUAGCUUCGACUCUUACUUGCUAUCAAGUAGUGACCAUUCCGCUCAAUCUAAUUACCGUAGAUAGCACCGAGAUUACUCCAGAAAUGUUACCGCUUAUCACACUUUCUCAGACAGAGAUUGAUACAAUUAUUGCAAAAGUACCUGGUGGAGUAGGUAAUAUCCAAGAUAUUUAUGGAUUGGCUCCAUUACAGAGCGGGAUGUUGUUCCAUCAUCUGAUGGCCGAAGACGGCGAUCCUUAUUUGACAGUAAGCCGAAUGAGUUUUAAUGAUCGGACAACAAUGGAACGCUAUGCGAACGCUUUGCAGCGAGUGAUGGAAAGGCAUGAUAUUCUGCGAACCGUCUUUGUCUGGGAAUGUCUUAAUGAACCGGCUCAGGUGGUUUUACAUCAUGUUCCUUCAUUAUUCAACGAGAUAAAAAUUAACGAUGCUGACAACGCUGUUUUUGAACAAUUGAUCCAAAAAUUUAAUCCGCGUCAUUAUCGGCUAAACUUAACCCACGCCCCGUUAUUGCGUUUGAUGGCUGCACCAUUAUCUAAUGGCAGCUGGGUGGUAUUGCAGCUGAUGCAUCACUUGAUUAUUGACCAUUCAACACUGGAAAAAAUGCAGGCAGAAGUUCACGCCAUCAUGUAUGGAGAGAGUGAAAAGUUGGAAACGCCCACUUCAUUCCGUUAUCUUGUAGCCCAUGCUCGACUACGAGUUAGUCCAAGACAACACACAAGAUUCUUUACAGAAAUGCUAAGCGAUAUUGAUGACCCAAUCGUGCCGUUUGGUUUGAAUCCCAGUGGUUGGGACUGUGCUGAGACAAAUGAAGCACAUCUGAAUCUGCCGCAGACAAUCAAUGAUCAGCUACGGGACCAUGCACGUCAUUUACGGGUCAAUCUGUCCAGUUUGUGUCAUCUGGCUUGGGCACGAGUACUUUCUGGAGCUAGCGGUCGUGAAGCAGUAGUUUUUGGCACUGUGCUUCUUGGCCGUUUGCAGGCCGGAGAGGAAAAUGACAAGGCAAUGGGACCGAUGAUUAACACACUCCCACUGCGAUUAGAUAUUGAUGGGACGAGCAUCGAAAUCGCAGUACACCAUACCCAUAAUCGGUUGAGUGCAUUGUUGGCACACGAACACGCACCGCUUGUAUUGGCACAACGCUGCAGUGGAGUUCCAACUGGCCUGCCUCUGUUCAGUGCACUAUUGAACUAUCGUCAUAAUCAACAGACCAGCCAAUUUGAAACUUCGUUUCCGGGAAUCAACUACUUAGGCAGUGAGGGACAAACUAAGUAUCCGUUGACCAUGUCAUUGGAUGAUGAUGAUAAUGAUCAUGCUUUGAGCUUGUCGGUCCAAGUAGUGUCCCCAAUAUCAGCGGCUCGAAUCUGUGCCUAUAUGAAACAAGCUCUGGUGUCAAUGGCCGAUGCGCUUACACAUACGCCCCAAAAGCCGUUAAGAACUUUAGUAGUAAUGCCACAAGAAGAACGCAUGUUGCUGCUGCAUCAAUGGAAUCAGAACACAGAUAAUUAUUCAAACUCCCACUGCCUUCAUCAAUUAUUCGAGGAUCAGGUGGAACGUGAUAGCCUAUCAAAUGCUGUGGAGUGUCAAACCGGAUGA